AUGCGUAGUAUGGAGAAGAUAGGUUACCUGCAAGAAGAGUUUUACUCCGGCGAGCCAUUGCUCCCGUUAGUUAUCGCAGACUCUGUUGCAGAGCCCGACAGAUGUGAUUCAAAUCAGCUUCCAGCUGAGCGCCCCGCUUCAGCAAUCACAAAAAUUCUCCGAUGUUAUUCGAAACUGCACAAUGUGCAUUGUCCAGUAUCGGAUCCGGUGUCUAGCAUUGUUGGAAAGUCUGACUUCAAAGAAGUGACCGUAUUAAAAUCAUUGCUCCGUAAACACUGGUGUCCAAUGCCGAAGUCUUGUCAACAGCUACUUGCAGAGGAAGAGGAAGUUGACAGAUAUCUUUCAACGGGCUACACCAAAUUGGAUGAACUCCUUGGAGGCGGAAUACGCACCUCCGAAUUGACCGAGCUUAUCGGAGAUUCUGCAGUGGGCAAGACUCAGCUAUGCCUUUCGCUGUGUGCAAGUUUGCUGGCGAGCGAUUCCAAGGCUUGCGUGCUUUACAUGGACACCAACGGCAACUUUGAUGCGACUCAGGUUCUCCGACGGAUACGUGACCACACUGCUUUCAACAACGAGCACAUACCGGACUACUUGAAACGAAUCCGACACUAUUCUUGUCCUACAUCCAACAACUGA